UAGGGUUUUGAGCAAAUAACCCAACAUUCGAUCUCUGGAAGAACGGUUGUGUUGUUUUUUCAAUCGCUGAGUAAGGAAGAUGGGAAAAGCAAAGAAAGCCCCAAAAUUCGCAGUCAUGAAGAAGAUUGUCACCAAAAAAGCAAUUAAACAACACAAAGAGGAGAUUUUGAACCCUAACAAGAAAGAUUUGACUAAAGAAAAGCUCCCCAGAAAUAUACCAAAUGUGUCGUCUGCACUGUUCUUCAAGUACAACACUGCGUUGGGGCCGCCUUAUCGGGUUUUGGUUGAUACCAACUUCAUCAAUUUCUCCAUUCAGAAUAAAUUGGAUUUGGAGAAAGGAAUGAUGGACUGUUUAUACGCCAAGUGUACUCCUUGUAUAACUGAUUGUGUUAUGGCGGAGCUUGAGAAGUUAGGUCAAAAAUACCGUGUUGCUUUAAGAAUUGCAAAGGAUCCUCGAUUUGAAAGACUCCCAUGUAUUCAUAAAGGAACCUAUGCUGAUGACUGUAUUGUUGAUAGAGUCACUCAGCACAAGUGUUACAUUGUAGCAACAUGUGAUCGAGAUCUAAAGCGGAGGAUUCGCAAGAUCCCUGGUGUGCCGAUCAUGUACAUAACUAAACACAAGUUCUCAAUCGAACGGUUGCCAGAAGCUACAAUUGGCGGAGCUCCAAGGUAUUGACAACAUGGGUAUGACUAUUUACUGCAGUAACAGCGUAUAGUUAUAUGAUUAGGUUCUGAAGCCCAUGCUAGUAUGCCCUUUUGAGAUCUCCGAGAUUAAGCAUUUUUUCUAUAAAGAUACAAUUGAGAUUUAGAUGCUGAUCGAAGUCCCUUCAUGUCUCGGGGAAAAGGGUGAAUUUUUGUUGAAAUAUUGUUUCUUUUCCCUCUGAAGUUUAUAUUGUCAGCUGUGGUGAUUGUGUCCUCUUUUCAGCAUUAGAAAGUCAAAAAAUUUAUUUUCCUCUCUUCACUCAUCUUGUUGGGGACCUCAACUUAUCAUUGUUCAAGUCUUCCUUUAACAGAGAGCAGCUUUCAGUUAAGUUAACAGACCAGGACUACUUAAUCGUUUGUGCAGUGUAUCUAUUUGUUUCCUGCUAAUCUAAAUAAAAUCAUUAAUUAGUCGUCG